GAGCCUCAUGGAAAGGGUGCCGCAGGAGUGCCCAGAUGCCGAGGGCCUUGGCCAAGGGCCUGAGAGGGCUGUAGCGGGGCAGACCAGAGGUCUGCUGUGAGGAGCGGGGUCCGGGAGUGCCUCCGCUGGGAAGUAUGGAGUGGAGAUAUCCAGGCUGCAAGACAGGCUUCUGCCUGGGGCUCCUUCUCCUGCUCUGGGCUUCCCUUCCUCAUGGGAUACCUGGCAAAGAAGUGAAUCUACUUGACACAAGUACUGCUCAGAGUCCACUGGGCUGGCUGCCAAAUCCUAAGGAAUCUGGGUGGGGUGAGGUGCAGCAGAUGUUCAACGGCACUCCGGUCUACAUGUACCAGGACUGCAGCGUCUUCUCCGAGGGCCAUACGGACCACUGGCUCCGCACCAACUGGAUCAUUCGAGGAGAGGCCCCCUCCCGCAUCUAUGUGGAGCUGAAAUUCACUGUCCGGGACUGCAAGAGCUUCAAAGAUGAGGACGUGGUCAGUUGCAAGGAAACCUUCAACCUCUACUACAUGGAGUCAGACCAAGACGUUGGCAUCCACUUCCACCGCCCUCUCUUCGCUAAGGUCAAUACUGUAGCAGGAGACCGCAGUUUCACAAACCGGGACAUUGAGCGGGGAGCUCUGCAGCUGAACACGGAGGUAUCCCCUAUUGGGAAUUUGCAGCAGCGUGGAUUCUACCUGGCCUUCCAGAACUCCGGGGCUUGUGUGGCCCUGGUCUCUGUGAGAGUUUACUACAAGACCUGCUCAAAAACUGUGCGUGGACUGGCUCAGUUCCCAGAGACAAUAGCAAGCUCUGAGGGGUUGGCUGUAGUGCCCGGUGCCUGUCUCGAAAAUGCAACCGAGGAAGUGGGGCUCCCACCCAGGAUGCACUGCAGUCCGGAUGGGGAGUGGCUAGUCCUGGUGGGCCAUUGCCUGUGCGCCCCUGGCUUUGAGGAGGCUGGAGGAAGCUGUGUCCCUUGCCAGCCGGGAUUUCAUCGCCACUCCCUGGAGAGCAAGCAGUGCCUCAAAUGCCCCCCCAACAGCUCCUCCAGUUCUCCUGGGGCCACGGCCUGCCCCUGCCUCAAAGACUUUUUUCGGGCACCUACUGAGGACCAAACGGUUGGUUGCACACGCCCCCCUUCUGCUCCCCGCAAUCUCAGCUUCUCUCUUUCGGGGAGUCAGGUCUCCCUUGCCUGGCAGCUGCCUAUUGACCGGGGCGGCCGCCAGGACCUCUCCUACAGCGUCUCCUGCCAGCACUGCACCCAGGCAGCGUGUGAACCCUGUGCGGGCGGCGUGGCAUUUUCCCCGGGUGCAUCAGGCCUUACCAGUCCCUCUGUGGUUGUGGAUGGCCUGGAGGCUUACAACAAUUACAGCUUCAUUGUGCGAGCUCAUAAUGGGGUGUCGGCUCUCAGCCCUGCCUCGCACAACAGUGACAGUGCUGUGGUCUGGGUCGCAGUGGGGCACGCAGCUCCUAUCAUGGUGUCCUACCUCAGAAUGAUGAAGCGGAACGACAGCAGCCUCUCUCUGACUUGGCAAGCACCACCCGUUCUCAGCCAGAACUCCGUGAGCUUCGAGGUCAUGUACUUCGAGAAGGGAGAAGAGAAGCAGUACACUGUCCAGCACCUCCAGGAACCCCAAGUGACCUUGGUAAACCUGCAGCCCGACACAGCCUACGUGAUGCGUGUGCGCUCCAUCACCCCCUUUGGACAUGGGCCAUUUUCACAGGCACAGGAAUUCCGCACCCUGCCCCAAGACACCGGGGUGCCUGCUGGAGGAGUGAUCGUCUCCAUUACCUUCGGAGUCCUGCUGUUUAUUGGUCUGGUUGUGGGGCUUGUCAUCUUCCGGCGAAGGCACGCUCAUCGUCACCGAGCACGACCGAGUCAUAAUCACUCUGGCUAUGACCGAGAUGAGAUCUGGUUGAAACCUUACGUAGAUCUGCAGCCCUACGAGGAUCCCAGCCGUGGAGUCUUAGAAUUUACAAAGGAGUUGGAUCCUUCUCUAGUCAACAUUGAGACUGUUAUUGGUGAAGGGGAGUUUGGGGAGGUCUAUCGGGGCACUCUCCACUUAGCAGGGAAGGAACGUGGUGUUGUGGCCAUCAAGACCCUCAAGUCAAGUUACUCAGACUCGACUUGGUGGAACUUCCUGCGUGAGGCAACCAUUAUGGGCCAGUUUAAUCACCCCAACAUAGUGCGAUUGGAGGGAGUCGUCACAAAACGAAACCCCAUGAUGAUUAUCACCGAGUACAUGGAAAACGGAGCUCUGGACACUUUCUUACGGGAGAACGUGGACAAGUUCAGUCCGGUGCAGCUAGUCACCCUGCUGCAGGGCAUUGCCUCGGGGAUGACCUACUUGUCAGACCGCAACUACGUCCAUCGAGACUUAGCAGCCCGUAACAUUCUGGUAUCUCAUAACCUUCAGUGCAAAGUAUCUGAUUUUGGUCUUUCCCGAAUAUUGGAAAAUGAUGUGGAAGGAACGUACGAAACAAAGGGCGGCAAGAUCCCUAUCCGGUGGACCGCUCCGGAAGCCAUUGCUCAUAGAAUCUUCACCUCAGCUAGUGACGUGUGGAGCUUCGGCAUCGUCACGUGGGAGGUGUUUUCAUAUGGUGACAAGCCAUAUGGGGACAUGAGUAAUCAGGAGGUGAUGAAAAGCAUAGAGGAUGGGUACCGGCUCCCACCACCCGUGGACUGUCCCUCCAUCCUUUAUGAGCUCAUGAAAGUGUGCUGGUCAUACGAUCGGGCACGGAGGCCCCGUUUCCGGGAGAUCCAUGCUCAACUGGAGCACUUCAUCGCCAGCCCACAUUUGCUUCGGACUGUGGCAGACUUCGACCCUAGGGUGACACUCCGGCUCCCCAGCUGCAGUGGCUCUGAUGGGAUCCCCUAUCGGUCUAUUCCUGAGUGGCUGGAGUCCAUCCGCAUGAAACGGUACAUCAUCAACUUCCGCACAGCUGGCCUGAACACCAUGGAAUCCGUCCUGGAGCUCUCUGCUGAGGACUUGAAGCAAAUGGGUGUGACUCUUCCUGGGCACCAGAAGCGAAUCCUGUGCAGCAUCCAGGGCUUCAAGGAAUAAAGGGCCCACAAGGCACCAAGCUGUCACCGGGCACAAGACCACUGCGCCAGCUAAGGAGCAGCGACCAAGAGGAAGAAGAGAGGGGUGGGGCGAACCAAACCAAACUUGCACCAAGUUCUGCGUCUACCCUGGAGAACCAGAUUCUCAGAACCAGCAGCAGCAGCUUCGGCCUCCAUGGCACUGAAAUGGUCCCUCAAAAGGGUUGGGGCUUGAGCUGGCCCAGGACGGACGCCCGCCGAGUAGGAAGAUCCCUGUGCUCUUGAGCCAGAAAUUGGCAUCACGCCAGGCACUGGUUGCUUUCCUUUCCUACCCCUCCGUCUCGCCCACCCCCACUUCAUUCUCGAGCUUCCAAACGUGCCUCACCUGGCUCAUUUCCUAUCUGCCAAGGAAGCGACAGAUGCUUGGAGCCUCCAGAGGCCAAAGCCGCCUUGGCCAGGCAAGAUGCAUCUAACCCCGAGGGCCUUCUUCAAACAGCCGAUCCCGCAGACGCAGGAAGGACCUGGGUGUUGUUGGGGGGGGGGUGUCAGUGAGGAGGGGGGGGGAAGGGACACCCCUCAGCACCAAGAGGCUUGGGGGGGGGGCUGAGGCCUUCCCUCUUGGCUCGGUGGCCCCUGCACAGAAGAACUCAGGCCCAGGGCAGCAGGCCUCAGACCCCCCCUCGGUUCUCUCGCCCGAAAUCUAACCUCAUCAGGGGAGGCAGCUUGUUUACAGCAGGACAGCACUUGCUCCCAAGAACUUUGCUUCCUCAAGUUGAGGGCCUGCCUAAGUAUUUAAAAUGUCAGGGGGGAGAUAGCCCAGACUUGGGAAAUAGGUUGUAUGUAUGAUUUUGUAAAUAAACUCACAAUGCAUAUAUAUGCAUUAAUAGAGGAGACGGCCCUUCAAUAUCAAGCUUCCCCCAUCCCCCACACACUCACAUACAGUCAUUUGGCAAAACCAAGGUUAGAGAAAGGGCGAAGAAUGCUGUGUGAGAGAGCAAC